UCAUAGUCAAUAUUUUCGACUCGCAUGACCAAACCCGCUCUUCUCCUCAUGUUGUCACAUCGGUGAACUAACUCAAUCUUGAGAAGUUUUCGUGAGGGAAAUUGAUUACAGUUCAACAAUUUCUUCAACGAUGGCCGGAAGUGCUCAAGCUAGCCGCGGUUUGUCGGCUCUGUUCAAGCGGGGAUGGCACGAAAUUCCCGAAGUUAUUGGCUCGUCCGCCAUGGCCAUUAUCGGACUGGGACUGACUGCGAUCGGUUUGACCAACUACUAUCGCAAGGACUGUGACAACCGGCGGUUCAAGCUGGACUACGUCGUGAUGCGUCCCGAUGACCCACGUGUGGCCAAGAUUCGCAAAGAUUAAUCCUUGCAGCAUGUCAACAGUUUAUGGGCGAAUGGUUCACUUUUAGAGCAUUAAAACAAGCUGUAAAUAAAACAUUUUAAAUUGCG